GAUUUUGAUAUAUGUAUGGCUCCUACACCAUCUACUUUUCCCUCUCAUUCAUUACACUUCACGCCUCCUCCUUUAUCUCUUUAAUAAAUCCCAAUAAUAAUAAAAAUUAUUCAAAACUCAACCAAAAAAAAAAAACUGUAACGGCCUGAAUCAAUGUCUACCGCCGCCGCCGAAUCACCGCCGGCGAAACGAAGAAGAAUAGUCACCGGAAAUGAAAACUCCGCUUUAAUCGAAGGACUUCCCGAUCACAUCUCAGAGAUCUGUCUUUCCAAAGUUAACCGUCCGUCGUUACUCUCCGCCGUAUGUACACGGUGGCGCCGUCUUCUUUACUCGCCGGAAUUUCCUUCGUUUCCGUCACUCUACGCGCUUUUCGUGGAUUCAACCUCGGAUCCGGGUCGGGUCAACCCGUCAGUCCGGUUUAUGUGUUUCAACCCGGUUUCUCCAAAAUGGUAUCCGCUUCCUCCUCCUCCACCUGACCUGCCUCUUCACCGGAUUCUCUACCGUCAUCCGUCGUUUAUCUCCUUUAAUUUACCGAUUCAAUGCGUCUCCGCCGCCGGAAAACUCAUCCUCAUCGCCGGAAGUAACCAACAACUCUCUCCGGCUAUCUCUCACCCGUUAAUUUUCGAUCCAAUUUCAUCGUCCUGGAGCUCCGGUCCUCAAAUCGGAUCUCCAAGACGGUGGUGCGCCACCGGAGCUUGCGACGGAGCUAUCUACAUCGCAAGCGGAAUUAGUUCUCAGUUCUCCUCAACCGUUGCGAAAUCAAUCGAGAAAUUAGAUCUAACCGAUCAAAACCGUAAUAACCGGCGGUUUAAUUGGGAGAAAUUAAGAGAUAUGAGAGAUUUACGGUUUAGUCGAGAAGCUAUAGACGCCGUUGGAUAUAGAAGAAAGCUUUUAAUGGUAAAUGUAAAAGGAGACGCUAUUAAAGAAGGAGCAAUAUACGACGUCGUUAAAGAUGAUUGGGAAGCUAUGCCGGAGGAGAUGUUGGUUGGAUGGAGAGGUCCGGUGGCGGCGAUGGAGGAGGAGAUUCUUUAUUCGGUGGAUGAGAGGAGAGGGACAGUGAGAAAGUACGAUGAUGAGAAUAGAGAGUGGAGAGAAGUGGCGGUGGUUGAUGGUGGAGAAGAGUUACUUAAAGGAGCUACGCAGGUUACGGCGGAUUCCGGGAAACUUUGUGUUGUUACGGUUGAUGGGAAGAUUGUUGUGGCGGAUGUUGUGGCCGAGCCGGCGAAGAUUUGGAAUGUUGAGAUUCCUGAUGGGCUUGAACCGGUUUCGGUUCAUGUUUUACCAAGAAUGAGUCAACCGGAUUUUUGCUGACGUUUUUUUUUUUUUUGUGUGAUAUUAUUCUUUUCUUUUUGUAUACGGUACUUUUUUAUAAUUUUGUUUUCCCGUUUUUCUGGUGGAAAAGUGUCAUCUUGUCGUUAUUUUUAAUACCUGCAAAUGAAACAUACGUCAGAAUAUAUUUUUUAAUCUUAAUUUAUGCCAUCUAUUGAGCUUUU